AAGAAUUAUCUGGAUGAACUGUACGAAUGGGCUCGCCAGGCUCGACGCUGGACAUUUGGAGCAGCUGAAGUGUUCCAUUAUUUUGCUAUCAAAUCCACGUCUUUACCAGCUGCAGUUUCAACCAUUUGGGCUCUCAGCGGCGUUAAAUUUUGGCUUGAUCCGUAG